GCUUUUUGCACUCCACCACCUCUGGCCGCUGGGAAGACGUCAUCGCUUCCGCCCUACUUCCUCCUCCUGUUGGCGGUGGUGAGAAUCCAAUAUGGAGUAAAACGGAGGAGGAGUAGGGAGAUGGGGCUCGGACGGGGCGCCCAGCACCGCCUCCUAGGCGCGCCUCCCCUCGCGGCGGACCGCUCCCCGGGACAGUGAUUGGUCCAGCUUCUCCCACCCUGGGGGCGACCCCCCGCCCCGGACCCCAAGCCCCCUCCUCACUCUGGGCAGACCCCUUCACCUCCCCUCUUCUCCUCCCCACAGCAGUUCUCUUCCACUCUUCUCCCUUGGCUGCUUGUUUUUCUUGUCUUCGUCCCCUCCUCCUCUUUUCGUCCCCCUCCCCCCUAACCCAAAUCUCUUCUCAGUCCCCUCACUCUUGGAAGCUGCACCUUUCUUGCUUCCUUCGGAACCUCCUAGCCUCUUGCUUCAUUUUCCCUCUUUGCUACCAGACUGUAGAGUCUUCCACUCUCUUUUCAGCUCCCCUUUUCUCUGUGCCUCCCCCUUUUGCUUUUCCUCUUUACUCUUUCCCUGCCCCCCACCUAAAACCUCAGCACUUUGCUGCUGGCUACUUUAAUUCACACCCUCCCUACUGUGCCCCCGUAAUCCCCAACCCCUUUUCUCCUGUCUCCUCGCCUCUUCUCCCCCCUCCCAAAUCAGGCGAUCUCUCGAAAUGUGAGGAAGGGGGGGUGGGUGGAUGGGAAGAUGAAGGGAACCGAGCUACCCGCUGCGGGGCAUUCAUCUAGGUGAACAAGAAAAUGACCGAAGAAACACACCCAGACGAUGACAGCUAUAUUGUUCGUGUCAAAGCUGUGGUUAUGACCCGAGAUGACUCCAGUGGGGGAUGGUUACCUCAAGAAGGAGGUGGGAUCAGUCGAGUUGGUGUCUGCAAGGUCAUGCACCCAGAAGGGAAUGGAAGAAGUGGUUUUCUCAUCCAUGGGGAACGGCAGAAAGACAAACUGGUGGUAUUGGAAUGCUACGUAAGAAAAGACUUGGUCUACACGAAAGCAAACCCAACAUUUCAUCAUUGGAAAGUUGAUAAUAGAAAGUUUGGGCUUACUUUCCAAAGCCCAGCUGAUGCUCGAGCCUUUGACAGAGGAGUGAGAAAAGCAAUAGAAGACCUGAUCGAAGGAUCUACAACUUCUUCUUCCACAAUCCAUAAUGAAGCUGAGCUUGGAGAUGAUGACGUUUUUACAACAGCUACAGACAGCUCUUCUAAUUCUUCUCAAAAAAGGGAGCCACCCAACCGGACAAUCUCUUCUCCCAUGUCCUGUGAACACCGGAGUAUAUAUACCUUUGGCCAUAUUCACGACCAAUAUAGCGCUGACCACUAUCAACUUGAACAAUCCAUCCCGAGACCGUACCGACAGGUCAGUUUCCCAGAUGACGAGGAGGAGAUUGUUCGCAUCAACCCGCGGGAGAAGAUCUGGAUCACGGGCUACGAGGAUUACCGGCACGCCCCGGUGAGGGGCAAGUACAUGGACCCCUCCGAGGACAUCGACUCCUACGUGCGCUUCGCCUCCAAGGGCGACGCCUCCAAGCACGACUACACCUACCCCUACGUCGACCACUCGGACUUUGACAUGGGGGAUGACCCCAAGGGAGGGGGCGGCGUGAUUAAAACUCAGCCCAACCGCGGCAAGUCCCGGCGGAGGAAGGAGGACGGCGAGCGCUCGCGCUGCGUGUACUGCAGGGACAUGUUUAACCACGAGGAGAACCGCAGGGGCCAGUGUCCCGACGCCCCCGACCCCGUCAGGACUUGCAUCCGCCGAGUCAGCUGUAUGUGGUGCGCGGACAGCAUGCUCUACCACUGCAUGUCCGACCCCGAGGGGGACUACACGGACCCUUGCUCCUGUGACACCAGCGAUGAGAAGUUUUGCCUCCGGUGGAUGGCCCUCAUCGCCCUGUCCUUCCUGGCCCCCUGUAUGUGCUGUUACCUGCCCCUCCGAGGCUGCUACAACUGUGGGGUGAUCUGUAGGUGCUGCGGCGGGAAGCACAAAGCCGCCGGGUGAAGAGCGCCGCCCGUGCUCCUCUCCCUGUCUCCGUGCCCGGCGGGCCGACGCCCCCACGGCGGCCCCGCCCCGGCCCUGCUGCCCUGGAGG